AAGUGUCGGAUGUUUCGUAUGUGUGACUUAUUUAAAAGCACAAACUCGGUUAUAUUCGUCCAUUCGUUAGUUUUAUUUUUGUUUUUAAUUUUACCUUUUCAUUCGAGACAAAAACCAAGUUAAUUAUUCGUUAUUGCAGUAUUAUCGAUUGUUUAAGUAACGGGCGUGCAUAAAUCUUCGAUUUCGUUUUAAACGUUUAGUGGUUUUUACUGACAUAAAAUAAUAUUAAUACCUAUAAUAUACGUAUUUUUUUUUUCAAUUGUACGGGUUUUUCAUGUCUCGCACACGUGAUCACUGCAGUCAUUUUGUGUGUUGGUGACGACAGUUAUUUUUUUUUUGAUUAAAUUUUGUUUGUACACACAUAUUAUCAUACGGAUAUAAAUUAUCAUAUAAACAUGUGCGAUUUACGAACCAACAACGGAGAAUCCAUGUUCGAUGAUAUUGAUAUGGGACUUAAGUCCAUACUAGACGAAUCGUUCCAUCCAUUUUUUACGAGUAAGAAAACUCAAUCAGUGGCCAACGUCCCAAAAAGAGUCAACCGCAAAUCCUCAGGCAAAGCGUGUGGAGUACCCAGAGAUGGAAAUACCGAUAAAAAAGAAGAAACAGAGCUUUUGUGGAGCAACGUCGUAGAAUCUCAGUCAGCGUUUCUGGGACCAAACCUUUGGGACAACAAAACCAUACCAUACGACAAUGACCUUAAAUAUUGCGACCUCGACGAAUUCCUGUCCGAGAACGGAUUGCCGGUGGAAGGCGACCAUCAGAACGGAACGACCGCUGGAGGCAACGUCAAUCCGGGCACCAUAGUGGCCGUCGGCCACCAGGGCGGCCCAAUCAUGCCGGGCGCCAACAAUCGUUUGUCGUCGCCGCCGCCGCCGUCUUCCAUACACCCGAUUCAACAUUUGCAGACAAACGGCGUGUCCGGCGUGGGCGUCAUACUGACCAAGCGCGAACCGUCUCCGUCGCCCAGCGAACCGCUCAGCCCGAUCACCAUAAACCCGGCAUCGCCAGCAGAUUCAACAUUGUCGUUCGCGUCGUCCAGCAGAGACUUCGACCCGAGAACAAGGCCGUUUUCCGACGAGGAAUUGAAGCCGCAGCCAAUGGUAAAGAAAUCAAGGAAACAGUUUGUACCGGAUGGGCUGAAAGAUGAGAAAUACUGGGCAAGACGUAGAAAAAACAACAUGGCGGCAAAGCGAUCGAGAGACGCGAGGCGAAUGAAAGAGAACCAAAUUGCAUUGAGAGCAGGGUUUUUAGAAAAAGAGAACAUGGGCCUUCGACAAGAGAUGGAACGUUUAAAGAAAGAAAAUUUAGCACUCCGAGAUCGUCUUUCAAAGUUCGAGAUCUAGAAUAUUUCCCGUGGAUUUGUAUGCACCAUAGUAUCCUUACCCUCUGUGUUUUGGAAAAAAAAGAAAUACCUUACCCAAAUUAUCGUUACUAUUUACCACACCGUCGACAGUCAGCUCGUUAAUAUAUAUAAACAACAACCACUCCUCUAAUGCACCGCGGAGGUCGCCUUUAAAGAGUCGUCUUGUGUAUAGAAAUGAGUUUUAUUAUAAUUACGUUUUAAGUUCAUAAAAAUUAAAAACGCAUAUAACCAUUUAUAUGUAUACAAUGAUAUAUGUAUAAUGAAUAUUAUUGCUAUAACACAACUGAUCUCAAUUCCAAAUACGAAAGAAUUCCACACACAACAUCAUUAACAUUUGAUCAGAUUUACAAGAACAUUAUAAAUUCGUCAAUAUACAACAGCAUUGGAUACUAUAUAAAACAAAGUUAAUUUUCCCAGAGUAUCAACUUACAAUAGCUUUUAAGUCGAUGUACAUGGUUUUUGUUGUUCUGUACAUAAAAUAGGUCUACAAUUAUUAAAUUAUUAAUUAUAUAUUAUAUU